AGCCAAUGGGAAUGUAACAUCGCGUGAGAAACUACGGAACGGAAGUCGGGAGUGAAAAUUACCCGUUGCAAAUGGCAGAAUAGACGUGGUGUGGUACCUACAUCAAGUACAUCCAAAAAGAUCGUGUCUUCUUUAACGUGUAAAAAAUAAAUUCUGUAUUUUAUCGUCGUGACAUAACGGUGAUUAAUAUAAUAAAAUAAAGGACCGAAUAAAACGUGUUUACAUUAAGAAAAACAUCGUGAAAAGCAUUAGUACGCGUUGACUGUAAAUACGUUCGAAAUAAUAUAUUCGAUCAAUUGUUAAACAAAUAAGAUAUACACGUUUCGCAGUUCGGGAGAGGGGGAAAUUUUGGGACUCAAACCCCCUGUGUUUCUAUAAUAUAUAUAUAUAUAUCGUAUAUCAAAACGCAGUGUGACGAGUGACGAGGACUAUUGGGCGGGCACAAACCGCGGCUUAUAACCAGGGAAAGAAAACUGCGUUUACGAUGGCGAAACUCGUGGAUAUAUGGCGUAGUGACCACCCGGUUAAUUUGACGCCGAGACAAAUGCCAUUGAUUAUCGAUGAUAAUUUAACGAUGAUUAUGGAUUUAAAUAAUUUGGGAGCUGUGUCAGACAAUCCUUUGGUCAGAGGGAAACAGUUGGAAGAGUUCACCAAAAAAUUGGACAUUUUAAGUAAGGAAGAGAUUAAAGCUUCUUUCGAAGUUACCUGCAAAGAUAUGUUGGCAAUUCUUGGUCAAGCAGUCCCUUGCGUUGGCUGUAGGCGAAGCGUUGAGAGAUUGUUCUAUGAUUUGAUGAAAUCGGCUCAUCCUGCUUUGGAUCCUUUGGUAAUAACAGCUGACGGUUUACUCACGAUAAAGGAUGAGAUUUUGGAGUCACCUCAACUGCUCUGCACAAUGUUGCAGGGGCAUAGCACCAAGUUGAGCAACCUUGUAGAACGUCAGCCAAGAAGUAAAAAAUCCAGAAGAUGUGCCCUUCAUUCUUUAGAAAUACAGAGAAUGCGGCCAUCCUCGGGAGCUUGGCGAGAAGUCUGGGAUUGUAUGAAGCCAGCGUGUCGUCAGGAAGUAACUCUCGUGGAAAACGAAAGUCUGGAAGCGACGCUGGACACUUAUUUGCGAAAACACCGGUUUUGUGGUGAAUGUAGAACCAAAGUUUUAUUGGCUUCGUCGUUGUUGACAACUGAGCCGGAGCCAGCCAAAGAGAAGGGUUACGUGCCUGCCCUUUAUGCCGGAAUCAAACGUUGCAUACCGGAGCGACAUAUUCAUUUGCCGACUAAUACCGAUUACAUUAGCGCGAUAAUAGAACGUGCACAGCCAGAAUUAAUGGGACGCGAGAGACACGCAAAAACGUUGGAAAUUGCGCAGGAAGAAGUUUUGACUUGUCUUGGUAUCUGCGUCUCUGAGAGAUUGCAUCGCGUUCAUAGACGACUUCGUGAGGAGGAAACGGUUUGUCGAGUUUUGGCAGCCGUCGCUGUAGAUGCACUUUCUCGGAAUUUCCAGAUGGCCGUUGAGGUAAAACAGGGAAUAACUCAAUUAGAACUCCUCUAUGAGGAACUUACGCGAGAAGAACUGGCGAAGCAACAACGACGAGAAAAGUUACGAUUGAAGCGCAAGAAGAAAAAGGAACGCCGUUACGAGAGCGAUGAAAAAGAAAAUUCGUGCGAAUGUUUGGAGGAAACGAACAAAGCUAUCAACGAAGAAAAAUGUGCGAUUUGCUCCGAUUCGAAGAAAACGAACGAAAAUACGACACAUCGACAAGAAAAAACUUCUGGCACAAAUAAAAAAGAUCUGGAGACUUGUGAGUGUCCUGAUUGUACGAGGGAAUUGAUUCGAGAACAAUCACAAACGGAAACAUCAUUCCCAAGGUCACUAAAGGCCUCGGACGGAAACGUCGGCGAGAAAAAAAUCGUGGGAAAUGAUACCGGAGGUGGUGUUCAUCAUAAUUUGGAAAUAAUUAAUAAUAGGAUUAAGAGUGUGUCGAGUGUCGAUGUGUCUUUUGAGCCGUGUCCGGAGUGUAAGGAUUUAUUCGAGAAACGCGACGGUGAAUGGAUGAUACGGGAAGAAUUUGAGGAACCUUCGGACAAAGAAAUAAUGGAUGCCUGGUUGGGACGUCCUAGCAAACGUUUCAGUAUGUGGAUGGAAACAAAAAAGCGUUACGACGACUUGAAUAAAAUAUCGAACGUAGCAUCGAAAAAUCGACGCGAUUCAAGCGAACAAUCAUCUCAAGACUGUGGAUACUCGUCCGAGCACAAUAUCAGCAGUUCGUCGCUGCCAAGUACGCCGGAAGGAUCGGAAUUAGCGUGCAGCGAAAGUUGUUGCAAUCAGGACGAAGGGGAUUGUCACGAUUCCAACUACCACCAUAAACUCGUUCAUUCCAACUCCAAUAUAUUUUUAUUUCGGGAACAAACAACGGGGAAAGCUUCUCACGGACUCACUCUCACGCAAAUGCUCGAGGAAGGAUAUUCAUCCGAGGACGAAGGCAACGAAGAGAGUUAUAUUCCGGCCGAGGAAGUCAAAGAAUUCCAAUCACGUAUGUGCCAAGUUAUCGAGAAGCGACAAGAAUUGCGACAAACUUUGAGAAAACGUUUUGCCAUUUUGUGCAGUCAUUACAAAUCCAUUCCCCGUCAUUAAUUUAUACAUUGUCUCGAAUGACGACGAACUCAAAACAAGAGAAACGGGAGAAGAAAACAAUCAUGAGGAAAACAAUGUUCCACGAUCCAGUAUCCCUUUUUUUACUUAUUUUACUGCCACUGGAGGAAUCUUACGGUCCAUGCCAAAACACAUGGACCAUUAUAUACAUACAGAUAUAUCUAUAUAUAUAUAUAUAUAUGUAUGCAUACAUAAGUUUGUGUGCAUAGGUAUAUAUAAACAGCAUGUACUAUUUUGCGAACAAUUAUUGUUGAUCGUCGACGACCGACGAAAUGGUCUUCGCAAUGUGAUUAAAGGAAUAUCGUUGGACGUUUAAA